AGCCACCUGGUGCACCGACAGUAAAAUUCCUGUAUCUCUGUCUGUGUACUUGUUUAGACAAAGCAUAAGGGAAAUGGGCACCAGCUGCACAGAAGUGGGUGGGAGCAAAGGGAUCAUCUGUAUGGGGCAGGGGGAUGAUGGGUGAACUGUAGUGUCUUGUUUUCCCUGUAGGUAGAAGGUGCACAGGCUGAAAUGAGCAGGAAGAAUGUGCCUCAGAGGUAAAGAUGAGGAAUAUGCACUUGAAAAGAGGGCAACUGUACCUGCAGGCAUUGCUCAGAAAAGGUGGUGCAUGUUAAUGAGCGAGUAAGUCUUCUUAAAACUCAGUUUGUAGUGCUCCAGGCAAUAUCGAAGCACGUGAAUUUUGUGGUGAAAGGAAGAGUUUAGAAACUUGCCUACAGGCAACGAGAUUAGAUGCUAAAUAAAAAAGAAAAUUGAAUGGUCAGUAUUACACGAGAAGGCAGAAAGGUGAGAGACUGUAGGAGGAAAGCUGAGGUCCUGCUUUCUUCAUGCUUCCUUUCAAGAGUCAGCAAAGUCAACUACAGGAAGCAAUGCCGCCCCGAAUCAGGAGGGAAAGGUGUGAAAAUCAUCAACACCGAUGAGACUGAGUGAAGUCAUCCAAAGGCCAGGGCAGAGGGAGGAGGGAGAAGAAAAAAAGAAGUGUAUCAAAGCAAGAAACCAGCAGAAAACAAUUUGGAGGGAUGGAUGAAGGCUUCAAAACACAACCACUUGACUCUACUCUCCAAAACCCACCAGAGACAUUGCUGUCAAUUCGACUGCUAGACUUUAAAACAAGUUUAUUGGAGGCAAUAGAAGAACUGCGUAUAAGAAGGGAAACAGAGAAUAAUUAUGAAGAACAAAUAAGUAAAAUUGUUGUAGAGAAACAGGAACUCGAAUGGCAGAAGGAAACUCUUCAGCAUCAAAUGGACACACUGCACCAACAAAACAAAGAAGCCAUGGCAGCUUUUAAAAAACAGUUACAAGCAAGGAUGUUUGCCCUGGAAGAAGAAAAGGGAAAAUACCAACUUGCUGUAGAAACAAAAGAAAAAGAAAUUGAUGGCCUGAAAGAAGCCUUAAAAGCAUUACAGGUUUCAAAAUACACUUUACAAAAGAAGCUGAAUGAAAUGGAUCAAAAAUUACAGAUGCAUUUAACAGCAAAGGAGGAGCAUCAGAAGAAAUUGAAUGAAGUUGAGAGGUGUUAUGCUACUAUUGCAUCUCAGUUUGGAAUGGUGAAAGGUGUUCAUGGAAAACUAGAGCACAGCGUCCAGGAAGCCAUACAGCUGAAUAAGAAACUAACAUCAGUGAAUAAAAGACAAGAGACUGAAAUAAGUAAUCUGAAGGAAGAACUGAAGAAAGUAACUGCAGACUUGAUAAGGUCCAAGGUCACAUCUCAGUGCAGGGUGGGAGAAGAAAACAUCAAUCUUGCAGCUAAGGAAAAACAGUUUCAAGAACUGCAACAAAAAAUCAGAAUGGAGACAGCAGUUACUAAAAAAGUUCAAGAAGAAAACGCUCAGAUUAAAGAUGAAAAGCUGGAAAUUCUCAGCUCUCUACAGUGUGUGCAGGAGCUGCUUCAGCGGACAACCCAAACGAACGCUAGAAUGGAAAGUGAACUAAAUGCACUGAAAGAAGAGUAUCAGACCCUUGAAAGAGAUAAUGAGCUGCAAAGGGAGAAGGCAAAGGAAAAUGAAGAAAAGUUCCUUAAUCUUCAGAAUGAGCAUGAGAAAGCACUAAGAACUUGGAAGAAAGAUGAGGAAAACAUGAGAAGGGAAAUAGAAACUCUUAAAUAUGAGUUGAAUUCCUGUAGAAGUGUUCAGAGACACCUUGAAGGUCACCCUCCUCAGAGAAACCAGCAUGCAGAGCAAGGGCAAAAUCUGCAGGUAAGUGCCUCUAAUAGCAGACCUACUGACUUUAGUAGUGGAAGACACUCAAAAGACAGUGAUGUACAGGCUGUCCAGGAAAACAAUCAAUGUAUGGAAUCCACCAUAAGAAAAGACAGUCAUUUAGGACAUCAACAAACUGAAGUACUAAAUGCAAUUCCUCUAAGCACUGAGGAAUUCCAGACAGAGCAGAAUUUACAAGUUCUUGAAAACAGUUCUAAAGAUGGAAUUAAUGUUGCUAGCUCUUGUGAAGAAAAGCAAAGGGAGGCUUCUCCCAGGAAUGCCCUCUGCACAGAUACUGAUUUAAUUGCCCAAGGACAGACCUCAGAAAUCUGUGUCACUGAGUGCAAAGAAGCAGAAAGCCUAGGAGCAACAUGUAGGAUGUCACUGGAUGAAAACAGUGCAAAAUCAGACCAAAAACGUCAGGACAGCAGCAAGCCGCUGGCUGGAUGCCAUACACAGACAGGAAAGGUCCUUUCUGAUAGGACUGACACUGCAGGUGCCUACAGAAAAAGUGGAAGUCAAGAGACUGGCUCUAACAAGCCAGAGCUCUGUGGUAUUACAGAAGAAUUAAUUUGUAGUAAGGGAGAUAAAAAGUCACAUGGCACAGAACACAACGAAAGUAUCCUUACAUCUGAAGCACCUGAAACUGACUCUGAAGCGGUUGUUUGCAGUGAGAAGAAUGCUGUGUGUGAGGAUAGUACAGACAAUCAUCAAGCUAAGGAAUUGAGUUUUGGCACUCUAUCUUAUAACAAAGAAAUUGACUGUCAAAGAUGCAGCUCACUGGACAGUGAUAAUUAUGCAGGCAAUGGAUUACAUAAACCAGAAAGAAGUUUGCUAAAUCUGAGUGGUUUGCGUGGAGACAAACCUCCUUUUAAUCAGACACACAAAGAUGCUGGCAGCAGAAAUCAUCCUGAAAGUGCCACAAAUAUAAACAGAGAUGGUGCACCGGAGAGCAUUGGUGUGCCAAGGACUGAUGCUCAAGAUCUACCAGUUGCCUAUUGUACCAAUGCAAGCAGUGAUGGUGCCACAAAACCCCACAGAGAUGUGUCUCUCUUGGGUACGUUCCAUUUGUGCACCCCAACUACAGCAAGAGGAAUAAAUACAGAUGACAUGCACAGCAAGCAACCUCAACAAGACAGUGCUGAGCAAACAGGGCAUGCUACAAAUGCCUAUACUUCAAAUGCUGAAGUUAAGGCUGAUGGUCUUGAAGUAAUUGCUCAUAACUCCCUGCCAGCAGAUAGAAUUAGUACAGAUAAGCCAAUUCCAUGCAAAAAAGUUAAUGAUGAUAUUCAGAUAUGCUCCAUCAAAACCAGACAUUCCCUGGAGAGUAAUAAUUUAACAAAUAACACAUUGUUAACAGAGCAAAAAGACUCACUGAACAGUACAGUUCCAGGAAGGAAGUCUGCUGAGGGUCACCUGAAAGAAUCGUCCUCUUUACCCAUGAGAACAUCUGGAAAUUUAGUAAACAUGAGUGGAAGGUCAUCCUUUGAUCUUUUGGCCUCAGAUAAAAAAGCUGAGAAAACUCCAGCAUACUUACAUUUUUUAGACCUCAUUUCUUGUUCAAGAGUAAAUCAAAUGAGAGGUCAAGCUGCAUGGACUUCAACUUCCAAGGAACCUUCCCUUCUGAAACCACCAUGCUUACUGGAAAACACAAAGGUUGCUUCAAAAGCACAGGGUCAAAAACUCAGUGAAAAUGUUGACAGAAGAGAAACAGGACUAGCUUCUCCCAGUCUUAACAGAGCUGCCGACACUUUGAAUACCUCUAGUAUCCACCGAGACCCCCAGGGAGAGCCCAGUGAAGGAUGGAAUGCUCCAGCAAAGACUUUUUAUGAUUCUUCUUUUCCCACAGAACAUCUAAAAAAAUGAUUUACUGCUUUCCAGCAGGAGCGUAAUUCAGCUCGUGUGACUGUAAAUCCAGCAAGAAGUGGAAGUGCUCCCAGAGAUGAGGACAGAUCCUCAAUUCAUAACUCCAUUAGACAAAAUCAAACAGAAGAAACUGAGAAAAUUGUGGAUGUGGAGAGACUUCAUUCAGCAAGAAAGAGAAAAUAUGAAGAAGGCCUGUGAGGAUGAGUGUCUUUCAGGCACAGAUAAAUGACAGCAACCCAAGUUGUAGAGAUGUUCCUAUAGAAUAUGGUGUAGAUGCCCUGUACUUUCAUGUUCAGUGGAUAGGCUUUCUUCAUGUUAACAAUUGGAUACAAUACUAACACCUGACACUAAUAUCAGUUCUGUUUCUAAAAUCAAAUCCAAGUUCUUAUGGGUUUUGCCCGACACUGAAGUUCACAAGUUGAUGUUUUAAUAUCCACUAAGCAAAAUUAAAUAAUUACUUCAUAUUACCCUUCUCCUGCUCCUCAGAUGUUCUAGUUUAAAUACAUCAAUGUGGUUUCUCUUUAGAUUGCUCAGAUUUCAAAGACAGUCAGCUGUAACUGUAACUGCACAGUGGUUUCUACAAACAUUUACAGUUUAGAGUGCUUCUAAGUGGCAGAAGAACAGGAAAACACUUCUGCUUACCGUUAGUGCCAAACUACUGAAAUAUAUCUGUUGUAGUUUAUCCUGUAUCAGUAAGAUCUUUUUCAACUCUAUAGCAUCAGGUAUGAUUUACACAGGGAAGGCAGCAGAUCUUGCUUCAUAAAGCUUCACUUCUCACUGGUUCACCCUUUUCCUCUUAAGGUGUAAGGGAAAUUUGUUUUACAACUACGUGCAGUUCAUUUUUCCAACCUCCUUCCCUUCUUUCCCACACUCCUUGCAAAGAGUCUCAUAUUGUGAACAAAAAAACCACAUAGCCAAUAUUGCUACUGUUUGCUGUUGCUAAUUAGGUAAGAAAGCCAAGAGAAGAUAUUUUCCCAUCUUAGUUUUAUUGCUUCUUUCACGUUGCAAUUUAGAGUAUUUAGCUUCUUUAAACCAGUUGUAUACAUUUUGGUAACAUUCACAAAUUCUCAACGUUUUGAAUAAAAAUUCUUCUCUGGUGAUGUUA